AUGGAGAUCAUUUUUGCAUUGCUUCUUGGUUUAUCUCUUGGAAUUGUCAUUAAUGCGCAGGGUGAUCAAUCAGAAGGUGGGGACUAUACUGAUGGGAAGACUGGCAUAAUUUACACUUCAGACACAGGCUUUGUAGACACUGGUGCAAGUAGGAGCAUAUUACCCACUUACAUGACAAGCUCCAUUGAACAACAGUUCAAGACUGUCCGAAGCUUCCCUGAAGGAACAAGAAAUUGCUACACCCUAAGGCCUGCUCAAGGAAAGGGUAACAAGUACUUGAUAAGGGCAAGUUUUUUGUAUGGAAACUAUGAUUCCCAAAACAUACUACCAAGGUUUGAUCUUCAUGUCGGAGUUGAUACUUGGGACACAGUGAUAUUGACCGAUUCUUCGACUCCGUUAAGAAAGGAGAUCAUACACAUUCCCACUUCGGAUUACAUAUCUAUCUGUCUCGUAAAGACAGGCCGCUACGCAACACCUUUCAUAUCAUCGUUAGAAUUGAGGCUUAUGAACAAUACCAUUUAUGAAACUCUAUCUGGUUCAUUGAAUCUCAUAUCUCGUGUCUUUUUUGACUCAUCGGCCACUCAAUUAGUCAGGUACAAAGAUGAUGUUUAUGAUCGCAUAUGGAGACCCUUUAGCUUGAGUGAUGCUGUGACAUUAAACACUUCCAACACAUUUCUACCUAACAUCUUUCAGCCACCGUCGAUAGUCAUAAGGAGCGCUGCCUCGCCGGGAAAUUCGGCAGACUCAUUGUCCUGCUACUGGGGCACUGACAACGCAACGGACCAGUUUUAUGCUUACAUGCACUUCGGUGAAGUUCAAUCUUUGAAAGCGAACCAGUCCAGAGCAUUUGAUAUCUAUAUUAAUGGAGACUUCUGGUAUGGACCAGUUGUGCCAGGUCCUCUAGUAACAAAUACAAUAUACAGCACAAAACCUAAGACUGGUUACUUGAAGUACGAUAUUUCACUCAAUAAAACCAGCAAUUCAACCCUCCCACCUAUCAUCAACGCUGCGGAGGUUUAUUCUGUGAAAAACUUCUCAAGUCCUGAGACAUAUGAAGAAGAUGUUGAUGCUAUGUUGAGCAUAAAGUCAAUGUAUAACAUUACAAGAAACUGGCAAGGAGAUCCAUGUGCACCUACAGCGUUUGUAUGGGACGGUCUUAACUGCAGCUACAAUGCCGGCAACCCCCCUAGGAUCAUCUCCUUGGACUUAUCAAACAACAGUUUAACAGGGGAGGUACCUGAUUUUCUCUCCCAACUCACUGCACUUAAGGUCCUAAACUUGAAAGGAAACAACUUCAAUGGUUCAAUUCCAGCACAAAUCCUUGAAAAGUCGAAAAAUGGAACGCUCUCAUUGAGAUAUUACUCAUCAAAUAGGUUGACAGACAAAAGUGAUGUCUAUAGCUUCGGGGUUGUACUGUUGGAGAUAAUCACAGGCCAACCAGCUAUAAUAAAAACUCAUGAGCAGGCUCACAUUGUUCAAUGGGUUAGUUCAAUUCUUGAAAAAGGGGAUGUUAAAAAUAUUGUUGAUCCAAGAUUAGGGGGAGGUUUUUAUGUUAAUUCUGCCUGGAAAGCUGUGGAGUUAGCAAUGGCUUGUGUCUCUCGUUCUUCCAACAAAAGGCCAACCAUGACUUCUGUGGUGAAAGAACUGAAAGAGUGCUUGGAUAUAGAGACAGCUGACAAUGAGAGAGAAUCAAAGGAUUCAAUUGGGGUGAUACCAACGAAUAUGGAGAGUGGACUUGGUCCCCGUGCAAGGUAG